GCCAACGUUGGCUCUGGUUGGGUUUUUUUGACGUUAGCCCGGCUGUGGGGACGCACGAAUACAGUUGUCCUGAGUUGGUGAAGCUAAACAGACGAUCACUUAAGGUUUAGGGGCUCGUAUCCCGGCUGCCGGAGUGAGCUAGAGAUGGCAAAUGCCACAGCCAUCGUCGUCUCGCGCCCUGACGACAUCCCAAAAUAGUGCUAGACCAGGAACUAACGCGAUUUCGCCAGGGCAGCAGUCAUGGCAGAGACUUAUCAUAACCAUUAACACCCCACUCAUGUCCACAACCCCGUGUUUACUCGAACUUAUGUUUUACUCGGAUGUUUUGACUGCACCACACGGCGGAAUCUGACAUCGCUCUCAACGUGACGCCAUGGCCAUUUACGCCGAUGCGGCACCGUCCCUAGCGGGCAGUGUCAUUAUGUUGACGACGCUUGCCUUAUUGACCUAUGGCCUACGGGUUUACUGCAGAUUGACCCGGAAGUCAUGGGGCAUGGAGGACUGGAUCAUGACCGGUGCCUUGGUGCCGUUUGCCGUGCUGGUGGCUGGAUGUGUUGGAGGUGCUUUCAACGGCAUUGGGAUCCAUGCGACUCGACUUGCAGAGCCUGGGAAUGAGAAAUAUCAGGCCGAGGGGCAAAAGUUUUUCCUCAUCUUCGAAGUCGGUUAUUGCGCUGCCAUUAUCCCCAUCAAGCUCAGUAUCAGCUGGAUGCUGGUACGAGUGGCUGAGGGACGCAAAUUAUACCUCUAUGCCCAAUAUGCGGUGAUUGCCAUUUUUGUGUUGAUGAACAUCAUCGCCCUGAUCUUCAUCCUCAUCAACUGCAUCCCUGUUGAUGCUGCCUGGAACUCAGAACUAUUAGAGAAAGGGGGUCAUUGUCAGCCGUCCUACGUUUUGGCCGACGUCUACUACGCUUGCACGGCCGUCAACAUUCUCACCGAUUGGGUGACUGCUUUAAUGCCGGUCCCAUUACUCUGGAACGUCCAGCUGAACCGCAACACCAAAAUUUCCAUUGUCGGCCUAAUGGGCCUGGGCAUCUUUGCCUCCAUGUCCGCCUGCGUCCGUCUCAAAUAUACCGUUAAUCUCACCGACCAAUCGGACUAUCUGUACGGCGUUGCGAACGUGGUGAUCUGGGGUUUCGCGGAAAACGCCCUGGGGAUGAUUGUCGGCAAUGUCGCCACUCUCCGCCCACUCUUCCGCAUUCUCCGCGAUCGCAAAACCUCCAAAAACAAAUACUAUAAUCAAUCUCCGGGAUACUACAGUUCUCAACGCACCGGACCGGGGAUGUUCUCGCGCACAUACGAAUUAGCGGAGCACGGAAAGAAUACCAAUGAGAUUACCACCACGUCGAUCCCAGAGCAUACGCGGAGACCAAGCCAAUUGAGUGACGGGGACAGUCAGAAGCAGAUUCUCGGAGAUGGACAAAGUCCAGGAGAAACCGACAUUGUGGUUAGUAGACAGGUUAUUGUGGCGUAUGAUUAGGUGUUUAUUUGGAUGGAAUGGAGUUGG